CUUCAAAAUAACCCCCACGCACUUAGUUACUGCCAGCUCUGUUCUAAUGUUCUUCUCUUGCAACCUCUGAUUCUGUAGCCUUCAGUUGUGCUAUUUAACAGAGUGUGCUUAAGAAAUAGUAAUUUUGUAUAUUUACUGUAAAUAAGAUCAGUAUGAGUGAGGAAGAACCAGCGAAUGAAGUUUCUAAGAUUGAUUCAAAUGGAAAGAGCUUGCAGAAGAUAAUUUUGGAUGAAAUUACUGAGAAAGAGGAUUUGGAAACUGAUGGAGGAAAAGUCUUGGAGAACAAUGGAAUCAAAGAGUUGAAAGAAAAUAUUGUAAAAGAAAUUGAAGAUAAGAAAACUGAUAGUGUGGAAAAGGUAGAAGAGGACAAGAAAGUUGGUGUUGUGGAAGAAGCAAAAGAGGAUAAGAAAGAAGAUGGGGUGAAAGAAGCAAAAGAGGAUAAGAAAGAAGACGGGGUGAAAGAAGCAAAAGAGGAUAAGAAAGAAGGGGUGGAAGAAGCAACAGAGGAUAAGAAAGAAGAUGGGGUGGAAGAAGUAAACGAGGAUAGGAAAGAAGAUGGGGUGGGAGAAGUAAAAGAGGAUAAGGAAGUUGAUGGUGUGUCAUGUGUGAAAGAAGUUGAGGAGGAUGGGGAAGUUGAUGGUGUGAAAAAAGUAGAAGAUAAAAAAGGUGAUGAGUUGAAAGAAAUAGAAGAGGAUAAGAAAGAUGAUCAUAUAUCUGAAAAUGAUAAAAUGGAUGAAGACACUGAGAUUAAGGAAACAAUGGAAGGUGAACCAGAAAAUGGAAAAGAGGAAUCUGAGAAACCAGUAGUAGAUGCUAUGGAAGUGGAGGGUGGUAUUAAGGAGAAGGAGGAGAGCAAAGAAAAUGAGAAAGUUGAAGUGGUGAUGGAGGAGGAUGAGAAGGAUGAAGAUGAGGAUAAGGAUAAUAUUGAUAAGUCAAAAGAAGAGAAGGCAGAAGAUAGUAAGGGUGAGAAAGGAUCAAAAAAACGUGGGAGAGGGAAGAUCAAUGGGGAGAAAGUGAAAGAAAAAAGAAAAGAACUGAAGAAAACAGAGCCAAGGACUCCUACUAUUGAUCGCCCUGUGCGGGAAAGGAAAUCAGUUGAGAGGUUGGUAGCAUCAAUUGAUAAAGAUGCUACCAAAGAAUUUCACAUUCAAAAGGGCCGUGGUACACCUUUAAAAGAUAUACCAAAUGUGGCAUUUAAAUUAUCUAGAAGGAAGACUGAUGAUACCUUCAAAUUGCUCCAUACAAUUCUCUUUGGAAGGAGAGGGAAGGCAGUUGAAAUCAAGAGUAAUAUAUCAAGGUUUUCUGGUUUUGUGUGGCGUGACAAUGAGGAAAAGCAAAUGAUUAAAGUAAAAGAAAAACUUGACAAGUGUAAUAAAGAGAAGUUACUGGAAUUCUGUGAUGUGCUUGACAUAACAAUUAACAAGGCAACAACGAGGAAGGAAGAUAUUAUUGCUAAGCUUAUAGACUUUUUAGUUGCCCCUCAUGCAACCACAACUGUGUUACUUGCAGAAAAAGAGAAGCCCAGUAAGGGAACAAAGCGCAAGCGUGUUGUAAAACGGGGUUCAUCAAGAUCUGGGACAACUUCAAGACGUUCUGUGAAGAGGCAGAAGAAAAACGAAGAUUCUACAGUAGCGCGGAGAAAGAGUGCAUCUGACACAGAUGAGUCAGAGGAAGACAAGAAAGAUGAAGAAAACGAGGAGGAAAAUGAAAUUGGUGUUGCUGACAAAUCUGAGGAUGAAACACCAGAGAAAUCUGAAAGUGAAGACAAAAGUGAUUCUGGGAGUGAAUCUGAAGAUAUAAAAGAAAAGAAAAAACCUUCUAAAACAUCAUCCACAAAGAAAGAAUCUGCUAAGAAAAGUAAAAAUGAAAAAAUUACAGUUCCCAAUAAAUCUCGCUCACCACCAAAAAGAGCACCUAAGAAACCAUCAUCCAAUCUCUCAAAGUCUGAUGAAGACAGUGAUGAAAGUCCAAAGGUCUUUUCAAGGAAAAAGAAAAAUGAGAAAGGAGGAAAGCAAAAGACGGCAACACCAACUAAAUCUGCCUCCAAAGAGAAAACUGCAGAAAAGGUUACUAGAGGAAAAGGCAAAAAGAAAGAGAAGUCGAGCCCCAGUGACAAUCAGUUGCGUGAUGCGAUAUGUGAAAUUCUUAAAGAAGUUAACUUCAAUACGGCCACAUUUACCGACAUUCUGAAGAAACUUGCUAAACAAUUUGAUAUGGAUCUCACUCCGAGAAAGGCAUCUAUAAAAUCCAUGAUUCAGGAAGAGCUGACAAAACUAGCUGAUGAAGCAGAUGACGAGGACAGAGAAGAGGAUGCUGAGAAAGAUGAAGCCCCAUCUACAGGCCAAGAGGUUGAAGGCUGAUUGAAGAGUAGACUUAACUGCUUGGAGAUAGGUUUAGCAAGGUACUAUAACCCUAAUUAUGCAUGCUUCAUCUGUACACUAUGUUGAGUGGAAGUGGCUAUAGCUUACUCUUAGCAUUCAUCCAAUCUGAAGAGAACAAACUUGUAUUUAUCAAUUUAGGCUUUUGGUGGGCUGCCAGUGUGCAGCUUCUUGUUUAUAUAUCAACAGAAUUUGUAGGGUUUUAAACUGUUCAUGAAUACUACUGACCAAAACUGUACCAGUCUCAAGAAUCUGUCUCUAGUUUAAUAAACAUUUUACCUUAGAGGUUGUCACCUUUCCGUGUAUAUUGAUAACUAGUACCGGGAUAAAAGUAAUUAUCUCGGGUGACAAAAGAUGGCUCGUUCAUUAGCAGUAGCUGCAAUAAAUGUUGUGCAGGAGUGAUGAUGA